AUGUGGUCAAAAUUUGUUGGCCAACUAAAUCCAAUAUUUGGUGCAGCACAUUCUGUAACAUCGACGACACCUUUAAAAAUUACUGAGCGACUUUCUAGGAAAUCUAGUGUUGGAUCGCAAAAAGAUCCACGCGUAACAGAGGCUAGAAGAAAGAGUAGUCUGUUAUAUGGUGUUACACUAGGUAGUGAAAUCUCUGUACAAGAAAAGCUAUCGGAGAAACAAUUUUCACGCAAAACUGUUAGAAUCUCUGCUGAGCAGCAACAAGAAUUAUGUUCACUCUUUCGACAAUGGCAGGGUGCAUUGGAUGAAAAGGAACGUGGUGUCCUCCUAAUUGCAUUAUCACGUAAAUUUUUUGAAAAUUAUGUUGACGCUCCUGAUAUGGUGGGAGAGAGCUUGGACGAUUUGGAACUUUUUACUGAUGCUGUUUCAAGGCAUUUAAUUAAUUGUAUUCAAUUACAAGCCAGUCAGGAUAUUUUACAGAUGUUAGCCGACGAAAAUCAGCUUUUUUUUAUUCUUAAGACAAUUGAUUUACUGUGUAACGGACCCGUAAGUAUACAUUUAUCGCAGCAUAAUUAUUGUCGGAUUGACCCUCGUAUCGAGAUGCUUGUUCAUGUUAUUGAAUUCUAUAGUGACGAUACAAAGGAAUUUGUAUUUGAGAUCAUGACAACACAUUCGCUUCCCAUAAUCUUGAUUAAGGCUUUUCAAUCGUUCAUCGAAAUUCCUCAACAUACGAUAAAAAGUGAAUCUAACGAACAAGCUGAUUUGCCAUCAUCUAAUUCAUUAGCAUUCGCACCUUCUGGUGUUGUCUCGGAUAUUGUAACGGAUAUCCUUAUUCAUUUUGUGAUAAAUUCCAUUACAUUAAACCAAAUGCUAGAACAAGAUGUCUUAUAUUUAUUAGUCACAAUGGUAAUAAAUGACAGAAUAUCUAUAUUAGAUAACAAAGAACAUCAAUAUAUUUGGGAAGACAGAGCGAUGGAAGUUCUUAUUGAACUUUUUGCGGUUGCUACGCAAGAUAUUAUAAAAUACUUUAUAGAUAAAAAUGUCAUGGGGAUUUUAAUGAAAAUAUUAACAGACAGUAUAGACUUAAAGAGUAAUACUUUCAUCGGUGGCAAACAGUUAAUUUAUGCAGAAAACUUUUUGAAUAUGGAUGGAUAUGAGAUAUUUUUUAAUUUGCUUAUAUUACCUCCAUUUGAUGGACUAUAUUCUGAAGUGAAGGAUGCACUUAUAGAAAUGGUUGAAGAUUUGGCAUUUACGGGAGCGGGUGAAAUCAAACCUGUUAUAUCAAACAGAACUCCAUAUCAACACAACGACUUUCAAUUACCUAAUGAAAUAAAGGAUGAUGAAAACCUUUUUCGUAACGAAAGAGCAUUUCAGGUCCUGUCAUCCACUUUACUAUAUCCCGACUCCAAAUAUAUUCCACCUUUUUCGUUGGAGUUCUUCAAUACAAUUAUCAUAAAGGAAGCGAUCCCGGAUAUUUUUCAGCAAAAAAUUGUUGCGGCUAUUGCGGAAAUUUAUAAAGCAAAUGUUUCGAACUUUUUUUUAACGGAACAUUUAAAUACUCUUCCAACUUUAAUUCAGGAAUUAGAUAGAUUUAAUGUUAAAGUCCAGCGAUCGAUAUUAGAUUUACUUGUCUAUGUUAUGGUAGAUUUAAAUUAUGUGCCGUUUAGAGAACUAGUAGUAUUGUCUUUACAUUUUCAAGGUCAUUCCUUAAGACAUACAACUGCUAUUGUGUGUGAGACAGUUAUAUCUCUUUUGCAGACGUCUUCUAAAUUCAAAGAAGACUUUCGUGAAAUUGGGUUGCUUGAUAUGCUAUGUAACUUGCUUCAAGAACUAGCUACUACAUUACACGAUAGAUUUGGUGACACACAUUUUGUUAGAAGAAUAUCAGUUUCACAGUCCAAUGAUGCAUUGAAUACUCGUAACAACAAGGCACCUAAAACAAAAAGCCGACUUAGUCCUGAAGUUAUUGAAAAUUUUCAUCUGAUUUCUGAGUGCCUGAUAGAAAUGCUAAAAGGAAACAAGACAAAUAUUUCAUUAUUUGGAAAUGCGUACAAAGGAAAUUUGUUCGAUUUAUUGCAUUACGAUGAAACUCGAGAUGAUGCGUUGACUAUAUUUGAAACAUUGGUUGUGGAAGGUUAUAUUUUAUCUAAUGCAGAGCCGCAUACUCCUAUGACAACUUGCUCGAGAAAUUCAACUUCAAGCAUUGAACAUUCAUUUCAAUUUGGAAGGCUGAUUGAAAUCGUUCAAUCUCUUCCUAGAUUUGAUCUUAAAAUGAAACGGCAUAUCCUCUUGUCUAUGAAACGCAUAUUAGUUUCUUGCCCUGAAAUGAAGGAUGUUUUUCGUGAAUCUGGAGGAUUUGUUUGUCUCGUAAGCUUAUUAGUAGGUCUAGAGGAUGUAUAUAAGCAGUUAAUACAGAACUCUGUAGAAAGUGAUGUUAAAAUUGAUGCAAUAAAUGAAGUUUCUCAGAUAGAUUAUGCAAAUUACAAUACAGAUAUAACAUCAAUGAAGAAUCAAGCAAUCGAUACAUUAAAAGCUAUAUUUGUUGUAUUUGCAGAAGCUAUGUCUAAUCACGAUUCUAAUCGUCGAUUUUUUAGCAAUUCCAUUGGUUUUAAAUCGGUAGAGGAUGCCAUUUGCCUUACUGAGAUGUUUAAGUUGCCUGGAGCCCCCGAAAAUCUUUUCGGAAUACUUUUUGGAUUCGCGAUCGAAAACGAUUCAGUGGCUGAUGCAUUCAUUGAUAGACAAGAUAUUUCAAAUAAUGUUAAUCAAUUCAAAAUAGAAGAAAUGUUUGGAAAUUUUACUGACGAAAUUCAUAAUCCAGAUAUUAUUCCCACUCUAAUGAAAUUGCAACUCUGCGUUAAUCGUGAUUCAGGGCUGUUUUUGAAAAUUUAUGAAGCUCUAGUCGCUCUUGCCUUUGCAAAUCGAAGAAAUCAAGUUAUGCUAAAUAAAUCUGGUGUGCUUGAAAUUGUUUUACAUCGAUUAUUUCCAACAUCAAUUCAAUACACUGAAAAAGGGAAAAUUAACACUAGUAAUCGCACUCAAGAAAAGAAACUUUUAACGAAAUUAGCUCAAAGAUUGAUUGAAAUGGGUGUUACUACAAAGGAGAUCCGUUUUCUAUUUGAACAAUUCGAAAAUGGGAAUCAACGUCCUAAAACAAUUACAGACACCGAUGGUGCAUUCAUGACUGCUAUGGACAUGGUCUUAUUUGGUGUUCAAAGAAGCAGAUGGCCUCGGUUCAUACAAUUUGAUAUGUGUCAGUUUGGCUAUUCUUGUUUAGAGAUGAAUAGCUUAAGUGAUCGUCCAUUUCCACCUGUAAAUGGGGGGUAUACGUUUAUGAGCUGGCUUGAUAUCGAAAAUUUCGAUUCAGAAAUGAACCUGACCCUUUUAGGGUUAAGUGAUGAUGAAAAGAAAUGUUACUUGCAAAUUUAUUUCGAAGCACAAACUCAUAAACUUGUUGUUCAGACAUCUCCAAAACAAACGACUCGAUUUGAUAAUUUCGAAUUCCGAACCGGAUAUUGGUAUCAUAUAGCACUCGUACAUCGCCGAUCGCGUUUAGGGCAGUCGUCAUUAAUGUCGCUUUAUGUAGAUGGAAGAUUCGUAGAUGAACAAAAGUGUCCUUAUUUAAAUCAAUCAGUGACUAACCGACCAAUAAAAACGUUUAUUGGAACGCCAAAAGAUAUUGCAAAAAAAUUAGGCAAAGGCGAAACUAAACUCGCAUGGGAUCUAGGUCCUUGCUAUUUUUUUGAAGACGACCUAGAUGGUGACAUCAUUAGUGUUUAUUGUCAUCUUGGGCCUCGGUAUUCUUCUAAUUUUCAAGAUUCUUUAGGUCAAUUUCAGACAUAUCAAACUUCCACACUGCUUAAUAUGAGGCUUGAGGCCUUAAGUCGCCAACGUGGUGACUCCACUAUUGAAUUGGAUAAUUUGCCGAUAGUUAAUGCAAUUCGUGGUAAUAAUAGUCAGACUUUGCCUGAAGAAAAAAUCAUUUUUGCAUUCAAUGCAAGUAAUGUUCUUGUCUGUGGCCAAAAUGCAAGCAUAUUGGGUGCUGGUCUUUCUGAGGGCACAUCACAAGCCCUACUUGGCAAUGUUAAUACAAAGGUGAUAUUAAAUGCAGCUGUUCCAAAAGUUGAACGUGCUCUACGAGUGCCACAUGGAUUAGCUUACUUGCAAGGUGAUCCAGUGACCGCUGUUCCUUACGGGAUGGAUGAUUCUAUUUGGAAGAUAGGAGGCUCUUCUGUGGUUUUGAGGUUAAUCGAGAGGGCGGAAACAACGGAAGAUUUGUAUAAAACUGUUUGUACACUUAUCGAGCUGAUUCGAUUUAACUGGCGAAAUUCAGAAGACAUGGAAAGAAUUCAUGGAUAUGAAAUUUUGGCGUAUUUACUGAAGCAAAAGCACGGUCUCUUAACUCCAGAACUUUUAAAUUUAUUGCUCGUCUUUGUAGGGUUAAAUCCGGUCAAUCAUAUGGAUUCAGUUAUUAUGAAUCCUCUCGCUUAUCGAUUUUUAAUACUGGACUUCGACCUGUGGAGACAUUCUCCCGAGAGUGUUCAAAGAGCGCAUCUUCAACAAUUUUCAAUAUUUAUUCAUUUGAGCAAGCAUCAUCAUUAUAAUGCUAAACGUUUAAGCAAAAUGCAUGUCGUCAAGAAAAUGUUAGUUGCGCUAAAAACAAACGUAUAUCCGAAAGAAUUAUUAACUGAUUUUAUAGAAACUCUGAAAAUAGUAGUAAAGUACAAUUUUACUACAGAGGUUAUACGAUCGAUUGUAACUUUUCUUGUAUCUACAUUGAAUAAACCUUCUCCAAUUCGUCGCGGUAUUCGUAAAGAAUCGCCUCUCAAAACUGGCAGUACUACUACGUUUUCCCAUGAGAGCAUUUAUGGAAAAGCAUCUAUAAGAAAUAUUAUAGUGGAUGUUAGAAGCUUGCCAGCUGAAACGACUGCACGGCAUAUUGGUGUUAUGGUCAUGGAAAUGCUUACGGACAUUGUUUGCGACAAACUUAAUCCUUUCUAUGUCAACAGAUUUGCAACAACCAUUACCAACAAAUGGUCAUUGCUUUUUUUUAGUGAAGAUUCUAAUCCAUCGUGGGUGGUAUGUGCCGCGCGGAUUCUAGCUAGACUUUUUCAUUCUCAAGGGGCCGCUUACAUUAAUAAAUUUCGCACGUUGUCUGAAGGGUUCAUUGUUAUGCAAAAGUUACUUCCUCAAUGGUGGUAUCUUACUCAAUUACAACAUGUAUUGUUCACUAUGCUUUUUGGCAUCGAUGUAUGCGAUAUUCCAAUCGAUGCUUCUUUUGAUCUUUCAUCUUUGGUGACAUUAUUUAGAGCUGAUGAUGACGCUACGCGAAUUGCUUGUCCAGAUGUUAUGAUAAUUAUUUUACUAAUGAUGAAAGAAGGAAUAAAUUCAGUGGUCCAGCUAAGUUAUGAAGUCGAAAGGGGUCAUAAGGCAAGAGACAGAUCUAAGGAUGACUUUGUUACUCAAAACUCUAAUGAGAUAUUUGAAGCCGAAAAAGAAAGUGAUCCUUUGAAAGAAACCCUGUUUAAGGUUUCGCACGUGGAACAAAUCAUCAUACAUUUCUUAAUGGAUAUGUAUAAUAACUCAAGUGAAUUUAGCGAACUAUGUUGUAAAGGCGAAAUUAUGGAUUGUUUCAUUGAGAUUCUUUUUCCUAUCGUUUGUGCUUGUGAUGAGGUGCCAAUAGAGACUGAAUUGUGUAAUAAAGAUCUUGGGCUUUCAUUUGAUGUUGACAUUGCAACUGAUCUGUUUAUGAACAGUAUUAAUAAUAAUAUACCGGGAGUGUUGCCAGUCUUGGCCAAUUUACCACGUUAUGCACAGUCGUUCGACGAUGAAACCGGGGAAGAAAUGAUAACAUUUUCUACCGGAAAUAAUAUUGCAACUAUAUUGACUGAAGAAACAACUAUUAGUCCGUCAGCGUCUCCCACACAAGCAAGUCCUGUUAAUAGCGAUAUAGAUGACGAACCUGACUCUAAUUUUCGAAUUAAACCACCUAUAAGGCGCAUGACAAAAAAGCCAGACUACUCAGAACAUAAGAAUGCUACUGUAGAAAGUCUUCUGGAAUUCGUUGUAUCUCUAUGUGUAAAUUCAGUAGUUGAUCCAAAGCUAAAACCGCUGGCUGGGCUAGAAAUUGUUUUGAGAUCUUUCCCACCAUCGUUGUUGGAGCAUCAGGCAUGUAGUCUUAAAAUAACUCUACAACUCGAAUCGAAUUUAUUGACAGACCAGCGAAUAGUCGCCAACGUUGCGAGAUUCUCUCAAAUGGCAGUAGACGCAAUAUACCAAGGAUGGUUUUCAAGUGGAAGAGACCAAAUGUAUGAAUUCAUCACUGCAAUUUUGGAGAGGAUUGAUGAAACCAACGGAAAACGUGUUAAUGAUCAAUGGAUAGCGGCAUUAUAUCGGUCUUUAGACAGAGUGAUUUUGUUUAAGCUUUCAGAAAUUGAAAAUACGUCAGCCGAUGCCAGCAUCAUAACUGAAGUGCUUGGAAAAUUAAUAUACAAUCAAAGAGUCAUUCUAAGUCCUUAUAAUACCGAUGUUGAUUUUCUGAGAUGCUUAUGCUAUCAUCUUUAUAAAUUUUUGAUUUAUGACAGUCAGGACGUUAAAACCAAUUCAACUAAUCUAGACCUUAAAUUACAGGUUUGGAAAAUGUUAAUGCUUCAAAAACCAAAUGAAAUACCAGGAAUAUUAAGAAUGCGAGUCAGGGGAAUGGAAUAUAAGGAAUUAGUCGAGGGGUUUAACAAACUAUUGGAAAUGGAUAUUAACUCAUUUUUAGAUUGGGUUGAGUCUCGAAGAACACCACUUGACACGUUGUUUCAUGAUAAUAUUUCGAAAAUAUGGUACUCUUUUGUUGCAUCUGAAGUUAAAAACUGCAAAGAAUAUCUGAGGAAUCUGCACAAUAAACGAAUGAAUAAGCUUAAGAAAUUAUUUAAAAGAGCUACGGUGGACCAAGAAUUCUUUAAUCAAUACAGAGUUAAAACUACCCAGUGGUCAAGGAAUAUUCAAGAAGUAGAGACUAGUCGAUAUUAUAAAUCAAUUCAAGAUAAUAUUGAUCACGAUAAUUAUGUGAGAGAUGAGUGGGCAAAAACAUCAGCUGAUUUAUUCCGUGAGCGUGCUCUUUGGGGUCCGAAAACGUCAGAUCACGAAUCAAAAUGGAGGUUGGAUUUCACAGAAGGGCGGUGUCGGAUGCGUAAAAAAUUGGAGCAAAAUGAGGAUUCGCGGUUAUUUUCUUAUAAGCCAAAGAGUAGCAAAUACGAAAAUUAUGCAAAUGAUAACACAAAUGAAUCGUCCAAACCUUAUGCAAUGAAUAAUUCGAAUAAGUCACAUACAAGUACUUGUUUUCGUACAGUUAAAUACGAUCGAUAUUUUAAUACUUUAACUAAUAUCAAAUUUAAUGCCUUGAUAGAUUUGGAUGUGCCUAUUCGUCAUUUAGGAGGAAAACCGCAUGAUCGCCAAAUGACACUCACCCCUAGUGCAAGUGAUGCUGAAACAUCAAAUGACGACGUCGAUUCUGUUGAAAAUAGUCAGUAUACAGAAUCACAAGCAGAAGCUGACGAAGAAAAUGCGUUUGAAGAAGACAAAAACAGAAAGGUUUUAAGGUCAUUAGAACACGGUGAUGCUGUCUUAGACAUAUUUAAUAUUAGUCGUAUAGCCGGGUUAGAUGCAUGCGAGGGUCUUUUACUACUGUGUAAGCAAAACCUAUAUUUAAUCGAUAACUAUUUUCAAACUAUGGAGGGUGAAAUUGUUGAUAUAUGGGAUGCACCAACGAAGGAACGAGAUCAAUAUUUACAAAUGCUCGCCUCUCAUGCUGGUUAUGUAAACAAUACGCCUUCUAAAGAAAACAAACAUAAGAGCAGGCGAUGGGCUUUCGAUGACAUAAAAGAAGUUCAUAAAAGGAAAUUUUUGUUUCGUGACGUUGCGCUUGAAAUAUUCUUUGCCGAUGGCCGUAAUUAUUUGAUCACCUUCUUCCUGAAGGAACGAGAUAUUGCAUACAAUAAACUUGUUGCAAGAGCUACUUUUUCAAUUAGCGGCGCUGAAUCUGUUAUCGGCACAUCUGUCCUUGAUGCUGUAUCUCCUGUUACACCAUUGACAAUUCCUUCAACUGGCUUGAGGUUUAACCUGAGCUUUUUUUCAAACUCAAACUCAUCAUUGGCAGAACUGACACUAAGAUGGGAAAAAAGGGAGAUUUCGAAUUUCCAAUACUUGAUGCAUUUAAAUACCUUAGCUGGCCGAUCAUAUAAUGAUCUUACCCAAUAUCCUGUAUUCCCUUGGAUAUUAGCUGAUUAUACCAGUGAGGAUCUGGACUUAUCCAAUCCUGCAACUUUCCGUGACUUAUCUAAACCCAUGGGAGCACAAACUGAAGAACGCAAAAAGGAAUUACAAAUACGUUAUCGUUCUUUUGAUCCUACAGCGAAUGCAACAACACCAGCAUUUCAUUAUGGAACCCACUACUCGUCUGCAAUGAUUGUUUGUUCCUAUUUAAUUCGUCUUGAGCCUUUUACACAACAAUAUUUAAAACUUCAAGGUGGACAUUUUGACCACGCUGAUCGACUGUUCCAUUCAAUUGCCAAAGCAUGGCUAUCAGCUACUAGAGAUAACAUGAGCGAUGUUAGAGAAUUAAUACCAGAAUUUUUUUAUUUGCCAGAGUUCCUGGAAAACGCAAAUAAAUUUAACUUUGGUGUCAAACAAGGGACGGGUGAGGUAAUUGAUUCGGUCAUUCUUCCACCUUGGGCAUACGAUGACCCCAAAAUGUUCAUACAUAAGCACCGUCAGGCUCUUGAAUGUGAAUAUGUUAGUGCUCAUCUUCAUGAAUGGAUAGAUUUGAUCUUCGGAUACAAACAACAAGGACAACCUGCUGUAGAUGCGGUAAAUGUUUUUCAUCAUCUUUCGUAUGAAGGCGCCAUUGAUUUGGAUGCAAUUAGUGACCCAGUCGAAAGAUCAGCAACAACUGGAAUUAUUCAUAAUUUCGGUCAGACUCCUCGUCAACUGUUUACGAGACCACAUCCGCCAAGAUCUUCUGAUACAAGUGAUUCUAGUAACUACAAAUUCAAUGAAAACAUGGAAAUGUUAAUACAAUCGAUAUCUCCUUUACUCGAUAUUCGACUGCAAGUUCAUGAUAUACGUAUAGCGAAUGAUCGAUUGUUUGCUGUUAGUACGCAACAAAUGCUAGUUCCGCCAAAUUAUACUUAUUACGUUGAGUGGGGCUACUCCGAUAACAGCCUGAGACUUCAUCAAACAGAUACUAAAAAGCUGAUCGGCCUGUAUGAAAAUCUUCACUUGCAAACAGUGAGCUGUGCUUGCUUUGCGGAUGGACGAACAUUCAUUACUGGAGGAACUGAUGCAGUCAUUUGUAUUUGGAGAUUUAAAUGGCAACCUAAAUCACCAGAAUGUGGUUUUAUGGAAUGCCUAAGAGGGCAUUCUGCAAAGAUCAAUUGUGUUACUAAUUCUAGAUCAUAUAGUGUUAUUAUAAGCGGGUCAGAUGAUAAGACUUGUAUAAUUUGGGAUUUGAAUAGAAUGAAAUAUGUGAGGCAGUUGCAAGGUCAUGAAACUGGUGUUCAGUUUGUCGCCAUUAAUGAUACGACUGGAGAUAUUGCAACUUGUAGUGGGUCGAUCAUUCGUUUGUGGAGCAUCAAUGGGGACCUUUUGGUUACUAAAAAUACCGCUCAAAUUCCGGAUCCGAUCCUUUGUUGUACCUUCUAUGAGGGCAAGCAAAAUGAAUGGUUUGACAAUGACAUUAUUAUUACUGGGCAUAAAAAGGGUAUAUGGAAUAAAAAUUUGAAAGUCAAGGAAGAUUUGGCCGGAAAUAAAGUGUGUAAAUGGAAUUUAGAACUACGACAUCAGUCAAAACACGAAAAUAGAAUAGAGCCAUCACCUGUAGCAGAUGUUGUCGCUUUGCUACCAGCUGGAACGCAACGAGUUCUUUAUAGCGGAGAUUCGUCUGGAAAAGUUUAUUCAUGGACUUUACCGGAUACUAAAAUAGAAUCUCAUUGGAUGCUGGAUGGACAAACUGACAAUUGUUUAAAAUGUUCCGUAAAAUUUGCCAGAGAAAAAUUCAUUGUAAAACUUGUGGGGGUAUCUUUUGUUCAAAUUGCACUCGAUAUGGAUUUGAUAGAAGUUCAAGAUUUUGUGAACAUUGUUGUUCAAAAAUAG